AGAAGAGGUUGGACUUCCUCUCCGGAAGUGACCCACGUGCUUCUCCUUUCGCCUACCUGGGUGCCCGGCAACUUUUUACGAUUGACGCGAAGUUGGGGACGGCGUGGGAACUGAGGUGCCUCAGGCCGUGGACGGAAGACCAGGAGGCUGUCCUCUCCACGGUGCUAGGUUGACAUGGAUCCUCUCAGAGCCCAGCAGCUGGCUGCGGAGCUGGAGGUGGAGAUGAUGGCCGACAUGUACAACAGAAUGACCAGUGCCUGCCAUCGGAAGUGCGUGCCCCCCCACUACAAGGAAGCCGAGCUGUCCAAAGGCGAGUCUGUGUGCCUGGACCGGUGUGUGUCCAAGUACUUGGACAUCCAUGAGAGGAUGGGCAAAAAGUUGACAGAGUUGUCUAUGCAGGAUGAAGAGCUGAUGAAGAGGGUGCAGCAGAGCUCUGGACCUGCAUGAGGCCCAGGCAGUGUGCACCUGGGAUGAGCUUGCCACUUACCUGAUUGAAGUGUUCCCAAAUGGGUGUCAUACGUGAAAACCGCCACACUUAGGCUUCCUGGAGCAUCUCCAGGACCCUUGGGUGUGGUAGAGCUGUCCUGGCUAAAGAAGGAGACUUGUCAUGCUGGUCUGUGACUGUGUACGUGUGUAUAUGUAUAUAUCUGUAUUAAAACAAAAUUGUGCAAA